AUGGGCCCAAGCAUCCGCAGUCAUUAUCAAGGGCAAACGCCUUCUGUCCGAAACUACCUCCCCAGCUCUAUGGAAUCUAGCACUCGAGAGAGAGUCCUAUCUAAGAUCAAAGAGUGGGCGGACGAAACCCGUCCAAUUUGUUGGCUUAAUGGCCCAGCUGGGUUUGGGAAAACGUCCAUCGCGCAGACCAUAGCAAAAUGGUAUGCCGAUGAGGGAAGACUUGCUGCUAGCUUCUUCUUUGCGAGGGGCACAGUAAGUCGAGACAAAAUCUCCCGCUUAAUCCCGACUCUCGCUUUUCAGCUCUUCACUACGUUCGAAAGCGCGGAGCUGGUGAUAAAAAAAGCCUUAAAUAACAAGCCGUAUAUUGUGGAUUCUUCACUCAGCUACCAGUUCCAGAAGUUAAUCGUGGAGCCUAUGUUAUCCAUUGCACACUCGGAACGCAUGGUGAUAGUCAUCGACGCUUUAGAUGAGUGUCAAGUCCAGGAUGGAGAAAUCAUGGAUGAAUUCAUUGACGCUGUAGUCGAUGCAUGUAUAGUCCAAAGCCAGGUCCCUUUUCGUAUCCUCAUCACAAGCAGGGUAGAAGAACAUAUCCGUUCAAGGUUCGAAAGACUAGACGCUAGACCUGUCAUGCUACAGCUAAAGCUACAAGACUUUGAUGCUACAGAUGACAUUCGUCUACUCUUCCAGAGCGAAUUUGCGAAAAUAUAUGCCAUCAACCGCCGGCUCAUGAUAGCAAAUGGAGAAACAGAGCCUUGGCCUUCGUCGGCAAUCCUCGAUGUUUGCGUCAAGCAAGCUGAGGGAUCUUACAUGUAUGCCUCGACGUUCGUUGGUUUUGUCGGACGUGCUGGAGGCAUGUCGAACCAACAGCUUCUAGACGCACUGAAGGCACAUAGCCUAGAUCCUCUAUAUAUGCAGGUAUGCUCAAAAGCUGUCGCACCCUCGUCGAAGGAUGAAUAUGGAAGCUUGCGAGACCAUAAGUGGGCGAGGGAUAUGCUCUUACUUCUUAAAUGUCCUCUUCCUAUCAAACAACUAUCAUCUUUGCUGAACAUCACUUCACGGGAUCUUGUACGGUCCUUCUCCAAAAUUCAAUCUAUCCUCCUUAUUUCCGAGUCUGACGAUGACCCGAUUCGCCUUGCUCAUAAAUCUUUGCGGGACUUCUUCAUGACUCAAUCGCGUUCCGGCCACUACUUCGUUGAUGUUCCAGAAUGUCACCUCCCCAUUGCGGUUGAUUGCCUGGCCUUUAUGCGAAGAAACAAAGAGAAAGUUUCAUGUACUAGAGAUGGCGCACUUCACUAUGCUCAUGAGGAGUGGCUUAGCUGA